AUGUUCAGAGCUCUUGAAGAUGGAGAAAUGAGUCCCUCAGCUUAUGACACUGUCUGGGUAGCAAUGGUUCCUGCCGAGGAUGGAUCUCACACCCCACACUUUCCUCAGGCCAUAAAAUGGCUUAUCCAGCACCAGCUAGAGGAUGGUUCGUGGGGGCUUCAUUCAAUGUUUCUCUUAUGCGAUCAUUUUCUUAGUACUCUCACUUUUGUUGUUGCCCUUCUCAGUUGGAAUACAAGAAACCCUAAUGCAAAGAAAGGUUAUAUUUAUAUUCCAUUAUCUCCAGAUUUUGAAAUAGUUUUUCCUGCAUUGAUGAAAAAGGUAGAAUCUCUAGGGUUGAAUCUUUCAUAUAAUACUUCUUUGAUGAACAAACGAGCAGCACUGCUUACCGACAUUAUCUCCAUGGAGCGGGAUAUUCCAACACAAGUGCUGAAUGCAUUGGAGGGACUUGAGGAAAUAUUUGACUGGAAAAAGAUAAUGAUGUUCCAGAGCAAAGAUGGAUCUUUCCUUAGCUCGCCUGCUUCCACUGCCUGUGUACUCAUAAAUACUGGCGAUGAGAAAUGCUUUAGCUUUUUGAAAAAUCUAAUGGACAAAUUCAGUGGGUGCGUGCCAUGCUUGUAUCCAAUCGAUCUGCUUGAACGCCUUUCCCUGGUUGAUAAUAUUGAGCGUCUUGGAAUAGGUCGACAUUUCAAAGAAGAAAUCAAACUGUCUCUUGACUAUGUUUAUGGAUAUUGGAGUGAAAAGGGUAUUGGAUGGGGUAGAGAGAGCCUAUUUGCAGAUCUCAAUACUAUUAAACUGUGUUGUUUUUAUGAUUCUGACAUGGAUAAAAUCUCAGAGGUGCUCAAUAAUUUCAAAGAUGAAAAUGGAUGCUUCUUCUCCUUUUCUGGCCCUGUUCUGGCCAAAGACACAUAG